AUACUUGGGCCGGAAGAGUGGGCUGUAGCUGGUCAUUUGUGGGGCGUGCCGCCACCUCUGCCUUUAUGCAGUUUUAACCACUCAUUUUCAAUAUAAUUUAGUUUGGUCACCAAAUAUUCUUAUCAAUAGGGCCGAUCCAGAGUGCGUAAAGAGGAUGCUGGAGAAAGUUGACAUGGAAGGUGAUACACCUCUACAUCAUGCUGCAAGAGGUGAGCAUGCACAUGUUAUAAAGUUGUUGCUAGAUUCUGGGGCUUCUCCUACUAAGAAAAAUUCAUUUGGCAAGAUCCCCAGUGAGCUUGUUGAAUCUGAUUCUGAAGCUAUCAAAGUCUUUGAAAUGGCUGCAAAUGCAAUGGCUACCUGCUGAGUUUUUUUGUUUCUUUGUUUGCGGAAUAUAAUAGCACGAGCACGGCUUCAUCUUUAUCUUCUUUUUUGAAAUAUUGACCAAAAGAUUCUCACCACCAUCUACUUCCCCAGAUGCUAAUGGAAGUAUGCCUAGAAGGAAGGCACUAACAUUAUUUUAGGAUGGCCUUUCCCAUGGUUGAGCUUUUUAAUCCAAUAAUUCCAGUCUCCUUCUAAUUAAAGAAAUCUGUGGUGUGUGUUUUUUACUGUGGCCGGUGACAAGAAGCUGGUUAUUGAAGAUCCAAGGCCCCAAGGUGAUGACGCGA